AGUACCAAUUCGAUCAUAGAAAUUGCCAGUUUCAACAGUCGAAUAGUCGUACAUAAAAUUUUACUUUUCGAGUAGGUAGUCGACAUCUUAAAUCGAUCAAAGUAAUUUCUCUCGUGUGUUCUUAAAUUUUCAAGAGUAAUUUUUCAACAUUACAUUCAAAAUGAGUUCUACAGAUCUCGGUGAAUUCGCAGUCAGCGAUUACGGAUACCACGUUUUUUUCUCUUCAACUAAUAAACAAGAAAAUGACACUAUCAAGCUGAACUUCAAAGUGAAAGCUCCCCGUGAUGCUCAUAUCUUACUUUCACCUACACAUUUCCCAGAAGAAGAAUCACCAGUUUACGAAAUCGUUUUGGGGGCAGGAGAAAACACAUUUUCAACAAUCCGAAGAAAACAAUUAGGCGAGGACAAAGCUUAUAGACAUUCCGAAGAGUCUUUGGUGUCACCUGACGAAUGGCGCGGAUUCUGGAUCGAAAUGAAGGGAAAUAAAAUACAAGUAGGAAGAAAGGGCAGCAGUGCUUUCAUGGAGUGGCAAGAUCCCGAACCUCUGACCAUUAAAUAUUACAGUUUUUGUUGUUGGAAUGAUGCCACAGCUAAUUUUAGAAUUAAUUAAGCCAGUACUUAAUUUUUCUUUUAAUACUAUAGGAACCAUCUAUAUAUUAAAAUUAUGACCGGAUUCUUGUGACAGCGAGAUCUCAGGAACGGCUGAACCGAUUUUGAUCGACGAAGUCUCAAAAAAAAGCUUUUGACCCGUAGAUGUGCAGGUUUUAAUCAAAACUUCAAAAAGUUGCGCCGUAAAGCUCAAAAAAGCUCAAUAAUUGAUUUUUGUCCAUACGUAGCGCAUUCGAUGUAUACACAGUAGUACGUAUAUUAUACCUUGAAAGAGCAUCUAAAAAAGUCAAAUGUUGAAGAAAAAAGUUCACAAAAAAGUUGUGCCUUAAAGCUCAAAAAAGCUCAAUAAUUGAUUUUAGCCUAUACGUAGUGCAUUCGACAUAUAUAGAGAAAUAUGUAUAUUAUACCUUGAAAGAGCAUCGAAAGAAGUCCAAUGUCAAAAAAAAAGUUUACAAAAAAGUUGUGACAUAAAGCUCAAAAAAGCUCAAUAAUUGAUUUUAGCCUAUAUGUAGCAUAUGUCACGUAUUCACAGUAGUACGUAUAUUAUACCUUGAAAGAGCAUCUAAAAAAGUCAAAUGUUGAAGAAAAAAGUUCACAAAAAAGUUGUGCCUUAAAGCUCAAAAAAGCUCAAUAAUUGAUUUUAGCCUAUACGUAGUGCAUUCGACAUAUAUAGAGAAAUAUGUAUAUUAUACCUUGAAAGAGCAUCGAAAGAAGUCCAAUGUCAAAAAAAAAGUUUACAAAAAAGUUGUGACAUAAAGCUCAAAAAAGCUCAAUAAUUGAUUUUAGCCUAUAUGUAGCAUAUGUCACGUAUUCACAGUAGUACGUAUAUUAUACCUUGAAAGAGCAUCUAAAAAAGUCAAAUGUUGAAGAAAAAAGUUCACAAAAAAUUUGUGCUUUAAAACUCAAAAAAAACUCAAUAUCUAUAUAUUAAUAGCAAGGUGUUUUUUUUUGUGAUUGUUCGUUUGGAAGAACCGCCGAACCGAUUUUGUUCGACGAUGUCUAAAAAAAAAGCUUUUGACCCGUAGAUGUGCAGGUUUUGUUCAAAAGUUCAAAAAGUUUUGAAAAAAGCUUUCAAAAGACUCAAAAAGCUCAAAAAUUGAUACAGUAUAAACAAGCGUGACGAUGUAUACGCGAAAGUACGUAUGGUCCACCUAGAAAGAGCUUGCCAAAAAAUACUUUUUGACCAUAUUUGUUAAGUUUUAUAAAAAGCUUAAAGCUCGAAAAAGUUGAAAAAGCUUUGUACAUGACGUAAACAAUUAGAAUUCUUCAAUACCCCAUAAACAUUUUAAAUUACGUAAGAGGUCUACCCAGAAAGUGCUUGCCAAAAACUACUUUUUGGCCAUAUUCGUAAAGUUUUUGAAAAAAGCUUAAAGCUCAAAAAAGCUCAAAUGUCAUAUUUUCCUUAUAUUAUAUUGUGUAAUAUGUCGAUUGAUAUGUUUUCGAGGUCGUAGAGUUCGAAUCUGGAGUCAGUUUUUUGGUGGGGUUGUGGUAUCAAAACUUUGGAAAGUUCUGAUUCAAGCUUUGAAAAGCUUCAAAAAGCUCAAAAAGUUCAAGGUAGUAUAAAUGACUGUGUCGAUGUAUACGCGCAAGUACGUAUAGUGUACCUAGAAAGAGCUUGCCAAAAAAUGUUUUUUGACCAUAUUUGUAGAAUUUUGUAAAAAGUUCAAAGCUCAAAAAAGUUCAAAAAACGUUAUACAUGACAAACAAUUAGAAUUUUUCAGUACCCACCCAAUAACUAUUUUAAUGUAUGUAUGGCCUACCUAGAAUGUGCUUGCCAAAAAUACUUUUUGACCAUAUUCGUAAAGUUUUGAAAAAAGCUUAAAGUUCAAAAAAAGCUCAAAUGUCAAAUGUUUCUUAUAUUAUUGUGUGAUAUGUAGAUUGAUAUGUUUUCGAGGUCGUACAGUUCGAAUCUGGAGUUAUUUUUUUGGUGAGGUUGUGGGGUGAGUCAUGGAGGAGCUUAAAGCUUUAAAAAGUUCAAAAAGCGUCAUACUUCAUGAGAACAAUUAAAAUUCUCCAGUGUCCAAUGAAUAUUUUAAGUAUGUAUAGUCUCCCUAAAAAGAGCUCCCCAAAAAAAAAUGUUUGACCAUAUUCGCAAAAUUCUGAAGGAAGCUUAAAGCUGAAAAAAGUUCAAAAACCUUCAGAUAUGAUGUAAAAAUUAGAAUACUCCAGUGCCCAAUGAAUAUUUUAAAGUAGGGUGGUUGCGGGUUAGAUGCCCAUAGUCGGGGGUUAGAUGCCGGUGUGUCGCGGUUUUUCGAGCCUCACUGCCAUAAUUUUCAUCGAAAUGAUUUCAAAUUUGCGCGAAUCGGUAGAGCAAUUAUUCCUCUAUAUUAUACUAAAAGCGUAAUUUUUUUUAUCCAGUAGUUUUUUUGCAAUUUGAAAAAAAAACAAGGUCACUUUUUGACCGGCAUCUAACCCGCACCUACUGGCAUCUAUCCCCCCAGUGCGGGUUAGAUGCCGAUUUGGUGAGGGAUAGAUGCCACUACCCAAAACCCCCCCAAAAAAGGCUCCUGGAAGAUUGAAUUCGAUGAAAUUCUUAUAUUUCAUGCACAAUAAAUAAAAUGAACAUCAAAAAUUCACAAUGGAAGUUUAAUUAAUAAAAAAAUGAAAAAGGUGUUUUUGAGAAUUGACAAUAUGUGUUAAAAAUGAAUGUAAUUCCAAAAAUUGACCACGCCAGUUGAAAAUAUUUAAAAAACCAUCAUUUUUGGACUUUUUGCCGCAGUAUUGACAAAAAAAAUUUUCACCUUCCUCACUCCCAUUUAAUUACUAUGGGCAUCUAUCCCGCUCACAAAAACCGGCAUCUAUCCCGAAAUGAUGGGUCAGAUUGCAAGGUCAAUUUUCAUACCAGAAUUGAAACAAAUUUUUGUAAAUUUGCUUGAAUAUGUUAGUUCAAGGUAUAUACUUAUGCGUGAGAUACUUACAUGCAGUUUUGAAACACUUUUUCUGGAGAAAAAAUGCGUUUCAAAAAUUAAGUGAAAAAAGUAUCACUGGUUUUAGCUACAUAAAUUUUUUCAUUCGCAUAUCAAACCAGGUUAACAAUAACCGUCACAGAUCAAAACUUUAACACAAACUAUGUUCACCUUAAGGUAUAAUCUGUGCUAAUCAGUUUUCAGAAAGAGUUGAUAGGGAGCGAUUGGUGACCACACCGGCAUCUAACCCGCACCGGCAUCUAACCCGCAACCACCCUAUGUAUAGUCUACCUAUAUCGAGCUUGCCAAAAAAUACUUUUUGACCAUAUUCGUGAAAUUUUGAAGAAAGCUUAAAGCUGAAAAUUGUUUAGAAAGCUUCAGAUAUGACAUAAAAAAUUAGUAUUCUCCAGUACCGAACCAAUUUAGAGUACUCAUAGUCUACUUAGAAAAAGCUUGCCAUAAAAUACAUUUUGACACAUUCGCAGUUUUGAAGAAAGCUUAAAUGAAAUCCUAAAGCUUAAAAAACAUGAAAAAGCUUCAUACAAUCAGUAUUCUCUACUUCUCAAUAAUAUUUUAAUUUGAAAAUAGCUUUUAAACUUUAGUUGUGAUGGUUUUUAUCAAAAGUUGAAAAGUUUCUGAAGGAGCUUUAAAAAGUUUUUAAAUAGCUCAAAACAGAAAAACAACGGAGUUGAUGUACACAUGAAAAAGUGCUAUUUUUAGCACAUUGGGUAUCAAAAUUAAUCCUGGAACCAUGGUUUCAUUUUUUUGAGUUCUGGAGUGGUUAUAUCUAGCAUCUCACUUUUUCAUCAACUUAUGCAAGUUUCGUACUAUUUGGGAAAAUGUCUACUGUUAUAUGUAGGAGUUUAGAUUUUUCAACUGAGGGGUUGAAUUUUUUUUGUGAGUCCUUGACAAAAUUAGAGUCACGUUUUAAGGAAAUUCCUAAUUGCAUUUUUGACUCGGAAAUCUUGGAAUAUUUCUAAAAUUGUGUCAAGUAAGUACCUAGGUAUUUUAUUGAAGUACAUAUUCUCCAGUACCGAACCAAUAUUUAGAGUACUCAUAGUCUGCUUAGAAAAAGCUUGCCAUAAAAUACAUUUUGACACAUUUGCAGUUUUGAAGAAAGCUCAAAAAAUUUCCAGGUCAAAGUUAAGUGAAACUUUGAAAUUUUCAGUUAUGUGGUAUUAGAUCCAAUCCGAUGUGUUAGUUUCAUUUCAACUGUAGGAAAAAAAAACAAGUAUUUUUGGAAUUUUUCAGCAACUUCUGCUAAAAAAGUGAUAAGUAGGUAGCCUAAUUCGCAAUUUUGCCUAAAACUUGAAAUUUUUGCCAACUUUAAAUGAAACCAUGACUUUUCAGGCAAUUGUUAUAAGAAAGCUGAUACUUUUUUUCAAUUUUUGUAGAAAAGUAGGACAUUAUUUUAAUGAAUGAUAAAGCGAUGACAGAGUGAUGCUUUUCAGGAUAUUUUAGAGAACAAUUUACGCUUUGGGUUAUUUUUGAUGAAAAAGUACCAAUUAUUGGAAUUUUUGCUUUGAAACAAUUUUUUUUCUGUCAAUUAUUAAAACAGCCAUGAACUUUCACAAUUUCCGGCAAAAAGCAACAUUAACAAUGUUAGCAAAAAGCAAGACUUUUUGGGAAUUAUAGGCGAAAAAAGAUACUUUCAAAAUUUUCAAAAUGAACAAUUCACGUCUAGAAGAGGAGCGCAGUAUGCGCGAAAAACGGGUUAUCUAGUAAUAAUUAAUAUUGUAGUUGUUUCCAUUAUACAAUUCAUUAAGUUGUUUGAUUACGUGCAAUAAAAUUUACAAACAAUGUU